AUAUCUCAGUUUAACUACGAAGAUUAUACCGAAUAAUGACUUCCUGUAUUCAACAAGGAAUAACAUACUGAAUAAUAUUCAAGAUGAGACUGUCAACGAGCGAAGAGGUACCGACGGUGGCCCGCACGGCCAGCCCGGGCACGGGCACGGUGGGCCCUGUGAGCGCCACGGACGCGUACGAUGUCACGAGGAUGCGGGAAGAGGAGUUCGAGAGGCUGACGGUGUACAUAGUUCCCGACGUGCCCUGCGAGAGGGGCGUCGCGAACAGGGCCGAGAGGACACUCCCGCGCAGCCUGGCCCUGAGGCCAUCGGCCGUUUUGUCAACACCCAACACACCGACGGAAGGAGUAUGGAGUACCGGCGUAAUACCUCGCGGCACGAGGUUCGGACCGUUCGAAGGAACGCGCACACCAAACAAACCCAACGACAAGGUCUCCUGGAGAUAUUACUGGAGGGUACAGGAAACAGUGAGACACCAUACAUUUGGAAACAUUAAGAUAUUCAAAGACACUGACUAUUAUUACCUGGAUGGAUCAGACACGAGCGUGGCCAACUGGAUGCGAUACGUCGCCUCCGCUUACUCCCUGUCCGUCAUGAACCUCGUCGCUUGCCAGCAUCAAGAGCACAUUUACUUCUACACGAUAAGGGAUAUCAUGCCAAAUGAAGAACUCAUGGUUUGGUACUGCAAAGACUUCGCGACAAGGCUCGGUUACGACAUCGACCCAGAACGAGCUACAUACUCUAUCUGCAAGGAAGAAACUAUCAAGAAAGCCUAUGGCUUGCCACCGGCGCCGGUACAUCCGGAGAUAGCUUUUAAUCACAUGAAAUAUGUUCUUGGGCUCACAAACGCUAAGGAUUUAUUAGAAGCAGAAAUUCCUAGCAGGAGAAGGAAAAGGGAAGGUAGUGAAAAUAAAGCAGCAUACGAUAACUCCAACUUUAUCGUUAAAGAGGAGACGAGGAAUGUCAAUAAAUGCGACAGGUCACUCGUUAGAGAAAGUACAAUCAUUAACGAACAUACGUCUAUAUCACCAAACCUACUGAUGCAACCACCUUCGCCGGUUAAAGUACAUAGAGACAAUCAGACCAUAAUAAUUCAGCAUAAAGAGAGCACGUCACACGUGGUCAUCCAUCAGCUAGAGAAUCCGAGGAUCCUCAACAAUAAGUCUCCGGGGCACAACUUGAGAGACAUGCGAGGUCCUUCGCCUAUGUCACAAAUACACCAAGAAAAACUCGGUAGUAAGUCGCCGAACUUCAGCCACAGUGGCCCAUCCCACUACGAACCCCAGCUUACCCCUAACGAUGGAUCGGUCAGAUCUGAUGAAGGUUAUUACAGCAAUGGGUAUCAUGAUGAGUUCACACCACCAGAAGACUCGAGCGAUUCUGAUGUAGAAAAUUAUGUACUAGAUUGCUCUAAUAAAACUAAUGAACCGAAGGAGACGGUGAUCGUUCAAAAAAUGGAUCAGGAUAUGCAUCGCAAUGAAUAUAGAAAGGUAAAAAUUAAAAUGCCAAAAGCCUACCAGUAUCAAAAUCAUAAGGAUAUGGAUUGUGAAAGUGAGAAGGAAUUGAUGAUUGCGGAGGAGAUGAUGGACACAUCACCGCAAAAUUUGUCACCGCCCAGGCGAGAUCCCGCUACUUCAACAGUUAUAGUUUUAGAAACUUCUCAAAAUGCCGUUGUUCCUAUAACAAAGCCGUAUUAUGAAGAUGGAACCGUUUCACCGUCCCCACAGACACCCUACAUGAGAUACACUCCACCGGAUACAAGAAUUUUGGAAACGAUACUAACAGGAAAUAGAAUAGACACAAAUAACAAUGAUCCCAACAGAAGGCAGCCAAAUGCUACACCCCCUCCAUCAUCACCCACAGAAAUGGCAUACUCAUACAAAAAGAGCCAAAGGUACGGGAAUGCUUGCAGUCCUGAUUCAAGUUCAAACCUAACACCACUACCGUCGUUGCUACCUUUACCACAGCAACUCCCUCUACCCAACGCGGCAUCUGUCUACUCAUCAUCCCCACCACACAGUAUUCCUCACACGACGGAGAUUCGCGAGAUUAGAGAAAUCAGAGAAAUUCGUGAAACGAGGUACGAGAGCCACUACCCGAAUUAUUCCUACAGUAUUUACUCUCCACCCAAUUCAACAAUAAUAACACAACUGGGCUCUCCUCCGACGACGUAUUCACCGACGGUGACUUCGUCUCACCAAUACGAGAGACAACAUAAUGGCCAAAACAAUCAUCACUACCCGUCCUCUACGAGCGUUAUAACACUGAAAAAUUGCUCCCAGUUAAGCCUUAUCCAAAAUCCAAACGUCGGUGGUCAACUCGUCCCGCAGCAUAGCGCUAUGAGCCCCGAUGGUGGGUGCGGUCUGAUGGGAGCGCCGCUGAGUCCCAACUCACAAUCUUCGCGAGGCUACAGAAGCCUACCCUAUCCCUUAAAAAAGAAGGACGGAAAAAUGCAUUACGAGUGUAACGUCUGCUGUAAAACUUUCGGUCAACUGUCGAAUCUGAAGGUUCAUCUGCGGACGCACUCGGGAGAGCGGCCGUUCAAGUGCAACGUGUGCAAUAAAUCGUUUACACAACUCGCUCACCUGCAGAAGCAUCACCUGGUGCACACGGGAGAGAAACCACAUCAAUGUGAUAUUUGUAAGAAAAGGUUUUCGUCAACAUCGAAUUUGAAGACACAUUUACGCCUCCACUCGGGACAGAAACCGUACGCCUGUGAUCUUUGUAUGCAAAAAUUCACGCAGUUCGUCCACCUAAAACUGCACAAGCGCCUCCACACCAACGAUCGGCCGUACGUCUGUCAGGGGUGCGACAAGAAAUACAUCAGCGCUUCCGGCCUAAGAACUCAUUGGAAAACCACAAGUUGCAAACCGAACAACAUCGAGGAGGUCCUGGCGAUCACCAACGCAGCCAAUACCGAAUGCAUAGGUAACGUCGACAAAGACUGUCACGAGAGAGAGGGGCACGAGGCGUACGAGGUUCACUCGUCAGGGAGACUGGUGGGAGCCGGCGGGGCGCUCGGGCCGCUUCACGGCGAGGGCCCGAUGGGAGGGCAGGCGCACUCCACCACGCCGCACCUCGCGCACGGCCAGCUGUCCCCCAGCCAGUACCGCCUGCCCGGCCCCGACCACGACCAGCAGUACGGGCCCGGCGCCGAGACCAGGCCCAGCGUCAUCGAGUCCAGCCAACCCCUCAUCAUAGAGUGCACCUGAAGCUGGGCCACAGUCCCGUAGAACACUUCUCGGACGCCCCAUGGGCGGUUUGCGCUAAAGUAAUUAAUAUAGACGAUUAUGUGAUUCGUGAAGACUUUCGUAUUAUUCAGCGGCUAUGAGAUUACUUACUGUUAAGAUGUAUAUUUGUAAGCUUCCGGCUAAUGAGUACCGAGUACUCGCGUGAAGAUCCGAUAUUAUUAUUUAAGACGACCUAAUUUUAAGGAUUGAAAUUUCGUAAAGGUUCUAAGCCUUCCUUUUGCUAAUGCUCAAUUGAUUUUUAUAAAAUUCUAUUGUAAAUAGAUCCUAAUGUAUAUUUUACGUGCCUGUAAAUACGUUGUAAAUAUUUAGACGACCGUCUAUGCAUAUUGGUAGUACUACUAUUCGAAAUCCUAAAUAAGUAAACGCAUUAUCCAAUUUACAAAACGAAAUACGUUUCACCAAAGAAAAUUUAACUGUUAUUAUUUCUAAUUUUAUAUAAACUCACAGAUUACAUGGCAAAUCCUGUCCACUCACUGUGAAAAUGAGCAUAGAUACAUAUUUAGAUCGAAACACUAAAAACGGAAAUAGAUUUUAGUGGUAAGUGCCAAAAUGCGCGUUAACGGAUUAUUUUAAGUUAUUGAGAUAUUUGUAUCUUCAAAACAUUGUUCCUAAUAAUUAAUUGGAGAAUGCAUGUGCAUGACUUAAUUCUAAUGUCGUUUAGAUUAGAAUGAAAAAAAUUAUGUACAUUAUCCCUACGCUAGAACAAAUGGUGCUUCACAUCGUAGAUCGGCGAAAGUUCGCACCGGGCUCCGAGCGGCCGGUCGACUUUUGCCACUUAGGGUCAGUUAACAACGAAACGCGACGCUACGUGACCCGGCGCAGUAUCUUUAAAAUAGCAGUUCAAAAUUUAUAUAAACAAAAUGUGUAUGUUCUUGAAUAAAAAAUUAAAAUAAAUUUGAAGUCGCUAACUAAAACAUACCGCGCCGCGUCACGUGGCGUCGCGUAUCGGUGAAAUAGACCCUUAUUGUGUAAUUUUAAUUCACCGAUUUUACUAGUUACUAUUUUAUAAUCCAAUUUUCAAGUAUUUAUGAUUCUCCUACUCGAAAAGGCUGAGGUAACUUGUAAAGUAAUCUUUGGAGUGCAUAUUUAGUGUACUGGCUCCUCGCGUUGUAAGGAGGCGUGAUUCCGUUAUUUCUACUCGUAUAGGCUACACGUCGUAUCUAGAACCAUGUAGCUUUUUGUAUAUUUCUAUCGUUCGUACAGUAAGAUUUUUACACGCAAUCACUUAUAAAGUUAUAAUCUGUAUAUUUUAUAUCAAGCAUUUACCUAAAGAGCUAAAAUAUUUGCAAUAAAAUCAUUGAAAUUUAAAAUAAAUUUGUAAUAUUAAUACUAUAUUGUAAGGUAUGACUUGUGAUUUCGACGUUUA